UAGAUUUCUAAAUCAUGGCAGAGAGGAAAGAGAGAGCUGCUGUGUUCACACAGACAGAACAACAGAUAUUAGUUGAGCUAUAUGAUGAAUACAAAGACAUUAUAACCAAGAAGGGCAACACUGCUGCCAUUAACAAGGCCAGAGAGGCGGCAUGGGCAAAAAUAGCAGAUAGACUAAAUAGGUACAGUUCCAGUGGCACCAGAAGGACGUGGCAGCAAGUAAAAAUAAAGCAUAAGAACAUUCUGCAAAAUGCAGUUAAGAAGAGAGCCCUUGCUGUCAAAUCUGGAGGAGACUACACACCCAUGGACAUGACGCCAUCUGAAGAACUGAUGCUGGACUCCAGAGGGCAACCGGUGGUGGAAGAUAUUAAGAGGAACAAAUCAGUGGCACUGCUUGACUGCAGCUCAGAUAUUAGAGGUGGCUCUGUGAUCCUCAUUGAUUCUCCUCCAGCAACCCAGGAGGCAAACUCUGAUGAUGAAGAUGUUACUGAACCUCCAGGUGCUGAGGAAAUCAUUUCACUUUGCUCAGAGAGAACUGAGCUGCAGCAAGAGCCUGAGCUCGCCACAUCUCAUGGACAUUUGCCAACUUCUAAAACUGCAGGAAAACAUGAAGUGGAUAAUGUACAAGAUGUGUACAAAAGGUUUCUUCUUCAAAAAAUCGAAGAGAGCAAAGAGGAGGUGGCCUACAAAAAACUCAAGAUGCGUAAGCUGGAGUUGGAAAUUCAGAAACUGGAGAGGGAUGCAACACAAGAAUAAAAGGCCUUGUCUUUUUGUACAGUGUAAAUUAAAAGUUCAGUUUAAUAAAAACUUGAUGUUCAA